AUGUCUAUGUCACCUCAAGACGUGGCUGUCCUGAUACAGCGUGAAGGAAGCGGAGCAUCGCCAGAAACUUACGAUGCCGCCAACGAACAUGAGGAUGCGGUUCUGAAACGAACAAAGCUAUUAUCUCCCGUGCUCGAAACUCUUAAGCAACAAGAUCCUUCUUCACUAGAAGCUACAGCCAAGGCGUUAGGCGACGGAAGUCGAGAUGUGGCUUGGAGACUCCCCUAUGGAGAUUCGGGAAUUCUCGAGUUCUUCCUUGACAUUCUUGCCUCAGAUGAGAAGCAGCCUCAUGGUAUCAAAGUCCAGGCUCUGCGUGUUACUGGAAAUUCUUGUGCUGAUACAGACCAAAAUCGAGGUCGAGUUGUUAAGGGCAAGUAUAUCGUUUCUUUCAUCAAGCACCUUCAGGACAUGAGUCUUGUUCCGUACUUGAUUCCGGUGCUCUACAACGUCCUUGUUGAUUAUGAACCUGCUCAACGUCUUGCUUCAGAGUCACGACUCAGCAGUCAUCUCAUCACUCUCCUUCAGUCACCCAAUCGCGCUGCUUUCAGCCCUCUUGUCACGUAUUUCUGCAAGAUCCUUGCUCUUCUUAUCACACAAGAUGGCGAGGUAGCUGUUGCAGAUUAUGAGACGGCCUCUGUUCUCCUCACAUUGGCAGUCAGCCCUGACCACAGCACUGAUAUCGAGGAUUUUCUCGCCCUCGUAUCUACCGCGGCCAGUUAUCUUGCCAAUGAAUCCUUCCAAGAGCGACUCCUCAACUCAAAAGAAGUAGAUGUCUUCGUCAAGACAUUCUACAUCGCACAUACCCAAUUCGACUCAGAGCUUGAUGACGAAGACACUGCCAAAGAAUUAGGGCAGCUGUGUACUUCAUUGCUAACAACCCUGGCUGACUUGACUGGCAAUGACGCCUUCCCAGCUCGUUAUUCUCUCGAGAGCUCAGUGCCACAAUCGCUUCUUAAAUGGUUGAAGGAGCCGCAUGUUAUUCUUCAGUCUGCAGCUUGUCUGGCUCUCGGUAACCUCUCUCGUUCAGACCAGGCUUCCACGGCAUUUGUGCAGAAGUACCAGGCUCAUCUUCCUCUGAUCGCAAUUCUUUCCGAUCCAGAGAUCAAAGAUGCCCAGCUUCUUCACUCCACACUAUCUUUCCUCAAGAAUCUCGCAAUUCCGGCGCAGAACAAAGCAUUGCUGGGGGAUCUGCUAGAGCCAGUGAGCGUACCAAGGAUAUUGACCAUCGAUACUCUUCCUCAGGUCCAGUUCUCGGCAGUUUCGCUACUUCGUCUGCUGCUUGUGAACUGCCCAGAUAAUGUUCGUCGAGUUGUCACUCCCAGAACAGCUGAAGGCGAGGGGUCUGGCAAGCACACAACUGUCCAUGAUAUGAUCUCGCUGUUUGAUCGAUCUGAUACAGAACCUACCCGGCUCGAAGCCGCACGAAGUGUUGCUACUAUAUGUCGAGUUCUUCAUACAGCACCCAUCGAGGAUGUUCUUUCUGGAUGGAGUUCUGAAACUGAAAAGACACCAUUGAGGGAUCUUUUCUAUGCUGAACAUGAUCUUUCACAGGUGCUCUCAUUCCUCAUCACUCAAGAGAAGUGGCCUAUUCUAAAAUCCGAGGCUUGGUUUGUCUUUGCUCUCAUGUCACGAUCAAAGGAUGGCGCCAAAGUCAUCGCCAAAGUCCUUGAGAUAUCUGGAGCCAUGGAUGCUCUCAGUUAUGCAGUCACCGGAAAGACGGCAAACGAAGAAACACCACAGAUCGAGGGUGGUGUCUCCGAAAUCCCCCCAGCCAUUCCUGAAGAACUAGCAUUGGAACCUCAGCAGGUUGACCCGAAACAAAAGGCUAAUAUGGCCAAGGUGGAUAGAGAGAACUGUCUGGUCUUGUGUACCGAAGUUAUCAAGAAUGGGGAGACUCUUGAGUCAGAGCAAGCUGGUCGUUUACAAAGUUUAAUUCGCCAGGGUACAGAGUUGCUGGGGAAAAAGGCUGAAGAGUAG